GCGAUGACAUCUCAAAAAACAGCAGACGAGUACAAAACCCCAAACACAGCGGCAGCGCUUGUUCGUAGCGAAAAGCUUUAGAAACCUGUCCAAGAGGGACCAGUAUAAGAGGAUUUUCGCACAAAUUUCGGUGGAGUCAAGAUGUUUGUAUUGGCAGCUACUUUGACUGAUAUGACAGCAGGCCACUCUGUCGGUCAGAGGUGAUGCUUUGAUUUCCUGUUUACAGUCCAGCAGCUGAGGCUUUUCACCACUGUGCCAUGGAGUUUCCAGAUCUCGGGGAGCACUGCUCGGAGAAGAGCUGCAAACGUCUCGAUUUUCUUCCAAUGAAAUGUGAUGCCUGUCAAGAAAUUUUCUGCAAAGACCACAUAACUUAUGCAAAUCACAAGUGCACUUCAUCAUAUAAGAAGGAUAUCCAGGUUCCUGUAUGUCCGUUGUGCAACACCCCCAUUCCCAUUAAAAGAGGGGAAAUGCCAGACAUCAAAGUUGGGGAACACAUAGACAGAGACUGCAAAUCUGACCCUGCUCAGAGGAAACGAAAGAUCUUUACAAAUAAAUGCUCCAAGGGCGGCUGUAAGCAGAAGGAAAUGAUCCGGGUGACAUGUGACCAGUGCCAUUUGAACUACUGUCUCAAACAUAGACAUCCACUCGACCAUGACUGUAAGACUGACGGCAAGUCGGUCUCCAAAUCAGGGCAUGCUGCUUUAAUGAGGGCUCAAGCCACCUCUUCCAGUAACGCUGCAGCAUCAUCCACCAGAGGGAGCACUAGGACCAUGUCUAAUGGAGUAACUGGAAACAACAGACCUCAGAACAGUAGGGCACAAAGGACAAAUACUGCGUCUUCUCCUCUGGUGUCUCCAACAGCGCAGAAUGUAAUUCCACCAUCAGCGUCAUUUCAAGUCGGGCUGACGGAAGAACAGGCCCUCCAGAGAGCAUUAGAAAUGUCGCUAGCUGAAUCUGCUCGAGCAAGCCAGCCUACUCUAAGCCCUCAGGAGCAGGAGGAUCUGGCCUUGGCUCAGGCUCUCGCUGCCAGUGAAGAAGAAUACAGGCGACAGCAGCAGCAGAGACAACAGGGAGGAGUUUCGAAAGAGACCAGCUGCUGCCUGUCUUAAUGUGAGGUGGCACUGACCGACUGUAAUCUGCCUCAAUCUGCACACGAGCACCAAUAAUGUACCAUGCCUAGUGGAUUUCUGAGUCCAGCAUCUGAAGCUUCCCAAAUCAACACAUCUGAUGGCUGUUAUGUUGUUUUUCUGUUUUGCGUCACUCUGUAGUGUGCUUCCUAGAUGGGCAAUUGUGCCAUUGUGGCAAGUGGUGCUUCAUGUAAAUAUUUUAUAUAGCUAUCAUGUUAAUCUGUCAAUCAAUGUAGAUGUCUUUUGAAAUAAAUUAUUUUAAAGUGUU